AUGCCUUGCUCUGCACCCAAGGAGGCAAUGAUGCGAAAAGGGGACUACGUGAAGCAUAAACUUUGGAUGUUUUACUCCGAUCUUCAUAGCCGUGUAGUAUCUAGAUAUCCACGUCGCAAAGCGCAGCAUCAGAGCGAGAGAAUAAGGCAUACUCUGCCUUGUAUUCCAGCAACAGAGCCUCUGACGCCGCUGAGCAUUUCUGGCAUAGUGUCGUGCUCCUCAACAAGCUUGCAAAGCUGGGAACACAUUGCGACUGCUGCCACGUGGCCGCUCUCAUCACCACUACCACCGCCCGCAGAGCAGGUCUCGCAGAUGGACCCUUUAGAAGUUCUCACACCCGCAGGAUACUCUGGCAUUUUUGCAGCCGUGGAUGAGGCGCUGUCGCAUAUUCGCUAUGCCGUUUGUGGGCCAGCAGCACUUUGGCUUUGGGGCAAACAGGAGACGGAUGGCGAGAACGCAUUACAGCUAAUAGCGCCACAAGAAAUCUCGAUCGUCUGCUGCGACAGCACCAGGGACAUCAUCACGUCGUGGGCUGCCUGCAAGGGUCUGCAACUGUACCCGGGAAGGCCUGCUCUGAUCGGCAUCCCGGCUACUCCAGACGGUAAGAUUUAUCCGUUGACAGUCAACUGGGUUGACGAAGACACGUUCUCACAGCUUCAAAUAGCCACGCUCGCCAAUGCUGCGGGGUCGCACAUCAGGCUUCUCUCCUUGGAGACCCUUGUCAAUGUGGCAGCUACUGACUACGCCUAUGGCGAGUCAGUAGCCAAAGACUUGGCGACACGAAACGCCCUUGCACAGGAUAUCUGCUGGCUGUUGCGGCGCAUCGCUUCGGCCCACGACGAAUCCUCCAGUUUCACAAGAUUAUCAUACCAGAACGCACCAGCAGUGCUGGAUCCAAUCUUCUAUGUGAUUUUUUUGAUAGCGCACCCGGGGUCUGAGAACUUGUUUUGUGACGCAGGCAUCGAGCUGCCCACAGAUGCAUGA